AUGUCGGAUGAUCUAGGCUGUUCAGAUGAAUUCGACGAUUUUGGACUCGACGGCUCCGUAUUGUCCAAGGCCAUGCGCCGACGGGAUCGGUCAUCUGCCGGACAAACCUCACAAGGCCCAUCCUCGCCUUUGUCUUGUAGUGAUUCUAACGCCGUAUCGAGUACCACGUCUAAACAAACGACGGCAGAGCGCAAGCGUCGCCGGUUAGAAGAGAAAGAGCUCCGAAAAGAGCAGAGACAGAAAAAUAAAGAAAAGGCGAUAGAAAAGGGCAAAGGAAAAGAGGCAGCAAUAGACGACAACCAGGGAGCGGAGAGUGCACAAGAUAGGGAGAAGGGCAAGGAUACCGAAGGCAAGAAAAAAGAAAGUAGUUGGAGCAAAAAGACGGCCUCUGGGUUUAUGGUGAGACAAAUCCACGAUAUUAAGCUGAAGCAUCCGAAGCCGAGGAGACCAGGUCAAAUAAAAAAGAUUGUCAACAUGUACAAGGACAAGUCUACCAGCGGGAUCAGACUCGGCAAGGGAAGCGGUAUUAGCUCCGGGUCAGGUACUACGGGUGCCGCAGGCGCGUCAAGCAACUGA